ACUUGGAUUGUCAAUUUUAGAAUGUAUUUUACGGUUUCAGGAAAAAAAGAAAAUUCAAUGAUAUGGACAGACAUUUGUAGCCCACACGGACUGUAUAGUUUCUCCAAGAACGACAGCGAACCCUCGGCCAAACGUGUGGCCCAGGCAUUAAGGUUUAGGUCCAAUAUGUUUUGUCCCUCAGCGAGGGGAAUCCAGUCGCAAGACUCCCGAGGCGAAGACCCUUCCCGAGUCUUCCUAUGGAGCCAAUAUGUUGUCUAAUCCAGUCGGAAGACUCCCACGGCGGGGACCCUUCUCAAGUCUUCCUAUGGAGCCAAGUUCCCAACGUGACACUCUCUCCGCCCCGCGCCUACAAGAGCGACUCGGCCACUCACCAUGAGCCAGCCCUGCAGUAAUCCUAACUAAUUAUUUCAUAUUCUCUUCCUCUGCAUUCAUCCCAUCCCAAAUAAUAAUGAUCAAAAACACCAAAGCCACACGCUUCAUGACCCAACCCUCCAUCCUCAACCCUUUGCUCCGCCUCACGGCCUCCCUUCUCUUCCUUGCCAUCUCCAAUGGUUCUUCUCAUGACUACGUCCCCAAAGAUCCAAUCCUUCUCGACUGUGGCUCAUCCGAAUCCUCAGUCGAGCAUGGACGGCAAUGGAUUGGGGACGAAGGUGUGGGCUCCCGAUUUGGUCCCUUUGAAAAGCAUGACGGCACCGUCUCCAAACCCUCGAAACAGAGCUCUCAAGGAACCGCCGUUGAUGCCGUCCCUUACAUGACUGCACGGAUCUCUCGUUCCCCAUUCACCUACUCAUUUUCGCUGAGCUCUGGCGGCCAAAAGUUCAUCCGCCUUCACUUCUACCUAUCUUCAUCGUCCGGUUCCGAUGCCUCCUAUCCUUUCUUCUCUGUUAAAGCCGGCCCCUACACUCUUCUUAACAACUUCACUGCAACCCCUCCUGUUGAUUCUUCCUACCAGCAGUCAUUCUUCAGAGAAUUCUGCCUCAACGUUCCGGAGAACCAGAAGGUCCUUAAUAUAACCUUUUCUCCGGUACCUGCGACUGCAAGCGCCGCUUUAAAUGUUACUACAUAUGCCUUCAUCAGUGGAAUUGAGAUCGUAUCCAUGCCCACAAACCUCUACUACACACAAGCAGGAGAUAAAGGGCCCUGUUUCGUUGGGCAACAGAAAGAAUUUAUAAUAGACAAUAGUACAGCCCUGGAGGGAGUUUAUCGAUUAAAUGUGGGUGGGAUACCAAUCACACCAGUAAACGACUCUGGCUUGUUUCGCAGUUGGUCUGAUGAUCAUUUCUUCAUAGUAUCUCCAAGUGUGAUCCCUCCUUAUGGUUCUACGAUUAGCUAUUCAGAAUCACUUCCAGAAUAUGUUGCACCGCCAGAAGUCUACGAGACAGCUCGAACAAUGGGAUCAAAUAAUCAAGAGAACACCAAGAGCAAUUUGACAUGGGAAUUACCGGUGGAUUCAGGGUUCUCGUAUCUGGUCAGGCUCCACUUCUGCGAGUACCAACCGGAGGUUAAAGUAGCUGGGGACAGGCCGUUCAUUAUCUACAUGGACAAUCAGACGGCCGAUGAUUCUGCUGAUGUCAUAACCUGGAGCCACGGGAAUGGCAUCCCAGUGUACAAGGACUACAUUUUGAUGAUAGGGAAAGAGAGAAACGGAGGAAAACAUAACCUCUCUCUGGCUCUACAUCCCAACGUUGAUGCGGGUGGAUACGUUAAUGUGAUACUAAACGGGUUGGAAAUGUUUAAAUUGAAUGAUUCUCGUGGCAAUCUCGCGGGACCAAACCCUAAUAUUUCUCUCCCUUCCCAUGAACCAAAUAAUUCAUGGCCACUGCCGCGGGAAAAGGAUUCAAGGAGCAAGAAAACUUUGUUCUUUGUCAUUGGAGGAAGUGUGAUAGGUGGAUUCAUGCUAUUCUCUAUUUUAUGCGCCUAUCAUAGAUCCUUAUGGUGGCGGCAAAAGAAAGACGAAUUACAGUCAACUGCAAGAAAGACUUCAGCAUUGCCAGAAAAACUAUGCCGUCAUUUUUCACUUGCAGAGCUUCGAAGCGCCACAAAUGACUUCGAUGAUGCUUUCAUCAUUGGUGUUGGAGGAUUCGGUAAGGUGUACAAAGGAUGCAUGGAUGGUCUGAAGCUUGUUGCAAUCAAACGGUUAAGUCGGGGCUCUCGGCAGGGGGCGCAUGAGUUUGCAACUGAGAUUCAAACGCUAUCCCAGCUCCGCCACCUUCAUCUUGUCUCUCUAAUUGGUUAUUGCGACGAAGGCAAAGAGAUGAUCCUUGUGUAUGACUAUAUGAUCAAUGGGACACUUUGCAAUCAUCUUUACGAAACAGAAAAUGCUCCUCUCCAAUGGAAGCAGAGGCUUAACAUCUGUAUUGGAGCUGCUCGAGGACUCCACUACCUUCAUACAGGCACAACUCGCAUGAUCAUUCAUCGAGACGUGAAGAGUACCAACAUUUUGUUGGAUGAGAAUUGGGUUGCCAAGGUUUCAGAUUUCGGGUUAUCCAAAAUAGGUCCAACUAGCUUAGCGAGUACAGCGAUCAGUACGGUGGUGAAGGGCACGCUGGGGUAUUUGGAUCCUGAGUACAUUCGUCGCAUGCAUUUAACAGAGAAAUCUGAUGUCUACUCAUUUGGUGUUGUGUUAUUUGAAGUUCUCUGUGCGAGAAAAGCAGUGAACCGCAAGUUGGCAGAGGGUCAGGUAAAUUUGGCGAGUUGGGCCAAGGAAUGCAUCCUUUAUGGAACUCUUCACCAAAACAUUGAUCCAUAUUUGAUGGGAAAGAUAACACCGUCGUGUUUUAAAAAAUUUGUAGAGAUUGCAGACAGUUGCCUAGAUGAUUCUGGAAUUGAGCGGCCCACGAUGGGGGAUGUAGUGGGAAGCUUGGAAUUCGCAUUGCAAUUGCAAGAGAGCGAGGAGACUCCAGAGUACUCGAAGGAGGAUGCUCAUUAUGACCUAAAAAUUGACCAGGCGGUGGCAUCUCAUGUGGGCGUUGUUUCCUAUGUGAAUGCAUUGGACUCUAGUCAUAGUGAGCUUACCCUCUCUAGUGCUAGUACUAUUAGUGGGUUGAGCUGUCAUCGUAAUUUUGAUUUUGACUGCAUCAUCUCAUCAUCUGAGGAAGCAUCAUUAAUCAGUCACCACAAAUAGGGAUAAUGAACAACACACACACAUAUAGUAUAUACAUUUAUCAAUCGCCAAAGUAGACUUUAUAAAGUUUAGUAGAUUAUCGAGCUUGAUUGCUUUUUCACAGGUGUGCAGUCCAAAUAGCCAGUAUGUAUUUAAUUAUUUUGGGUUUGGCCUCUCAUGAGCAUAAUUGUUGCUCUUGGGGAGCGUAUGAGAUUAACAUAAGAUGUUUCUGUCA